AAAUAAAUAGUAUCAUUAAAAUUAAGGAACACUAAUACUUUGUUAUAUAUUUUUCACUUAAUAUUUUAGUUUAAUUUAGAAAAAAAAACAUUUUUAAUGCAAGAAUUUCUGUUUAAUCUUUUUAUGUGAACUAUUUGAACAAAGUAUACAUAUAUAUUUCGAAUCAAUAAGAAGAUAGCGAUAUGAAUAUUAAUUAAUAGUGAUGAAUAUUGAAACAGUAACAUGUUUUACAAUUAAUAAGUAAGGUUUGAAUUAAAACAUGAUUUGUAGUUAUUCAUCACUUCAUAACAUAUUCAUCUUUUAAUCAAUUUUUAUGAAUUUUUCGUGUAUAUAAUGCAGAUAAUGAAGUUCAGUAACUUAAUUUAUCAUUAUAAGUAGAUGUCUUUGUUCAAUAAUGAAAGUGUAUAUAAUAAUGACAAUCUAAGAGGGUGAAAUGCUAAUAUGAACAUUUCAUUCUUAAUGAAAUACAUGAAUAAAAAACUCGAGUGGCCUUAUGUGCAGAUCAUUCCAAAUAUAUUUUGCAAAAUGGCAAAGUAGAACUAUUCUAUUAUAAUUCAUUCAAACACGUCUAUUCGUGUAUGUAUUCUGUUUAUUCCACUGCAUGUUUAGAGUGUUGAAGUUUUUGAAUUUUAAUUCCAUUUUUAUAAAUGUUAUUUGUUGUCUAAUUGAGCACUAGAUAUUGAAGUAUAAUGUACUUUACAAAUUUUAGAUAUAAGAAUUUUAAAGGAUAAGAAACAUAUUUAUAUACAUGUAAAAUAUUUUCUUUACAUAAUUGUGCCUUCACUGUUCCGUCUAUGACUAUAAAACCGGAUUGUGAUAUCGUAUCGCAUUCCAUUUACAUAGUAUUUUUAAAGUGCAAGGGAAAUACAACCGUGUCUCGCUAGUAUGUAUUAUUAUUUUAAAAAGAAACAUAUAAAGCCUUAUUACCUACACAGCGAAACACGUUUAUGUUCGCUUAAUCGUAUUUCUUUAUGAACUGGUAAAGAUAUAUGUGUACAUAAAGGAAAAGAUAUAUAAAUCUUAUUGUAAUACAAUUAUAAAUCGAUUUACACCUUCAAAUAUUUUAGUUGCCAAAUUAGAAAAAAUAUAUCUCUCUACGUUGCAACCAUUAUCAAAAUUACGGGUUCUAUUUUAUAGUAACUACUCUAAACGAAAGUGAAACAUACACAAAAAAUGAAAUGAAAUAUUUUGUAAGAGUUGUAUUUAUCUUGUAAAACUUCGUGUACGAAAUAUAGUAUUUUACAAUGUUAUGUACUUAAUUAGUACAUAGUUGUAAGUAGAAAAUUACGGUCGUUCACUUUGAAAGAAAGGUGUAUUCCAUUAUCAUAAAUUGGUAGUAUUUUGUACUUAAAUAAAGUAUACACACACUAGUAAAUAAAUUUGUUAUGUUCGUGAGUUCUUAUUUGAAAUAUAGUCACUCUGAUAUAAUUUCUAUAUUUUAUGUAUUCAAGGCAUGUUAUGAGGUUUAACUCGCGUCUACAUUGUAUUUUGUAACGUCGAUAGAAACCCGAAAAUUACAAAACAGUACUUAUUUGUAAUGAUAUAACUCUUUUUAAUGGCAGCUUAUAAAAUAAACUAUUUUAUUGUAUAAUUACAUGAACUUUAUUGGUCACCUUGUGUUUACAUUUGCAUAAUAUUAAGCAUUGUUUUUUAUGGUUACUAUGGUAUAUAAAUAGAAACAAUUAUAUAAGUAAUACGGUAUGCUGUAUAAAUUAUACUUUCAAUGAGAAAUUUUUAAACUCUUCCAGUUGUAUUUUUAGUAGCAAUAUUAAAUGUAUGAACUGGAUAGAAUCAAUUAAAAAUACAAGUAAACAACAUGUCUUACGUGGAACAUGGUCCCCGAAUUUUUUUAGCUGGUAGACCUAACAGUGGAAUACCUUUGACAUAUGGUGAUUAUGUUUUGCCACGGAAAAGAUUGGAAGGUCGUUUAAAAUUAUAUGAUUCUUGUUCAGAUAUUAGAGCCUGGAGCUCAAAUUCUUUGGAGAAUUCACGUUAUUUUCGUGAACUUAAUGAACAUGGCUCUCCAAUAGGAAAAAUAAUACCAGUCAACGUAGUUGUUGAUAAUAUAAUUCGGCUUAAUUCACGUACACAAAGUGAGCUCCAAAUAGUUAAAAGGGAACUCCAAAAAUAUAAAAAUCUCAAACUUACUCCCAAACAAAAAGAACAAUUACAAAAUUUGGAUUAUAAUCCGAAGAUAAAGGAAUCAGUGCAAAGUAAUCAUGUAAUGGGAUCAUUAGUUAAUGUUGGUAAAUCAGUUCCUCUGAUUUAUUCAAAUUCGUGUUUAUCAGUUUAUUUACCUAUUGAAAGAAAUUUUCGACGUAAUAAAGAUAGGUUGACUCUUGUAAAUCAGUCUUCUCAAUUCUAUCCUCAUUCUUUAACUGCAUUUGAUAUACAAUCAUCCAUGAAUAAUUAUACGUUAGUAUCACAGUUUAAAUCUGUGCCUAAACCACGCUCUACUGGAGAUUAUAUUGAAAAUACACCACACUGCGUUGAAUAUGUUGAUAUAGCUUUACAGGUAGAACAAGAAAUGCAUGAUAUAGGAAUACAAUUUGAUGGUCAAGUUGACAAAUGUUCAAAUAAAAUUAUAACUGCAUCUGCUAUAUCGCAAACAUCAUUCAUAUAUAAGUCCAGCGAAGAGAGUAAUAAUGUAAUGGAACCAGAUAAAAUCAGUUUUCGAACAAGUAAUUAUGAAGAAGAAAGUUUUGAAUCUCGUACAUCUCGCAGUGAGAGUUCUCAAGAUAUUGGAACUUCAUCGGAGUCUAGUAGUGAAAUAACAGAAUCUAAUUUUAAUAUAAAUAACAGCAUUCAUAAAAGAAUAAUUAUUCAAAAAGAUUCUGAGAUUAUCGUUUUGAAGAAUGAACUUUGUGUAAGAGAUGUUGAAUUAGAUGAAAUGCGAGGUUUCAAUGAAAGAUUACAGAUUUCAUUAAAACAGAAGGAAGAUUAUAUAAAUACGCAACAAGAGAAUCUCAAAACAUUGAGUGAUAAGUUGAGAAAAGUGGAACAUGAACGUAACUGUGCAAUAGAAAAUUUAAAAUCAGAGUUACAUAGUAGUACAUACUUAAUCAACCAACUAAAACAAGAAUUAAGUAAAAAAUAUGAAAGUUGUUACUUACAAUCACAGGAGAUUGAAGAACUCAAAUUAUGUGCCACAAAGAAAUUACAAAUAAUGGAACAACUAGCUCAGAAAGCUGAAAAAUACGAUUUGAUUGUAGAUCAACUAAAAAAAGCUUUAUAUGAAAAAGACGAUCUUGCAAAACAAAAUUAUGAACAAAGUUGCAUACUUGCAGAUCAAGAGGAAGAAAUAAAACGAUUAUUGACGCUGAUAAGUGAAACUAGUGUUACUUACGAAGAGCAGGAGAAAACAAAACGCAUGUUAGAAAGUUUAAAAACGGAAAUUGAUGAAAAAACUAUUAAAAUCUCCGAGUACGAACAACAAUUACUUUUACUUAAACGAGAAACAGGCGAUUUCGUUAAUAGUUUAAAACAUGCUUUGAACAAUUUGGAGGAAUUUAAUGGUUUAUGUGAAGAUGUUUAUAAUUGCGUAAAUAAUGACUUAGAUAUUGCUGCAGAGACAAAUAAUUUAUUGUACAAUAUAAAUUGUCUAAUGACAAGGUUUCAAAGUUAUAAAAUAGAACGUCAGCACUUGUUACAACAAAUAGAAAAUUUAAAGCAAUCAGUAGGAGAUGAUAAACAACAAAUUUAUUUCAACCAGAAUUUGAAAAAUAUAAUUUCAGAUAUUUUAAAUUGCGAACCUGAAGCAGAUUCGAAGAACAUAAAUGCAAAAGAUAGUAUAAUUGUGUUAAAUGUAAGACAAAAUAAAUAUAAUCCAAGUGAAAUAGAAUUUGAAGAUAUUUCCAAUUCUGCGAACAGUGAAAAUUCUUUCAAUGGGAUGGCUGAUAAUGGAUGUCACAACUAUAUCAUUAAGUUAAAUAAGAAGAACAAUAUUAGUGAAAUAGAUAAAGAAAUACUUGAAUAUUUUUCACAUUUUAUGGUCAAAUUGCACUCUCUCACUCAAAAGUUACAAGUAUACCUUGAAGUUGAACGACCCUUCAUGAUUAAACAAAUAUACAACUUUUAUGAUGUGCUUAAAGACACAGAGUCAGCUAUCAACGAUUCCCAAGAUUUAUCUUUGAAGAAAGAGCGAAUAUUGAAAUUAUGUAAUCUAUUUAAUGAAAAACAUAAGAAGUACAAUUCCUAUAUAACACAGCUACCUAAUGAUUUGUCCCAAAUACAAUUAAAGAUAAUUGAAUUUGUUAAAACAAUUUUAUACGAACUAUUAAAUACAAUAUUGUAUGCAGAAAAAAAUAAUUUAUCUGACAAGCAGAUUAAUUGCGCUUUUGAAAUAUACUUCAAAUCUUUUAUCGAUAGAAUAAGUAUAGCUAUUCAAGGUGCUGGAGAUCAACAUGUACAAAUAAUUGAGGAAAUAGAGAAACAGCAACAGGAGUUAGACAAUAAAAAUGAAGAAAUUGUUCGAUUAAAGGAAGAAGUUGCACAGUAUUUAGGGAGAAAGGGGGACGGUGAUGGUAUACAUUCGGAAGAAAAUAAUGCUGCAUUUAAAGAACAAUUAACAAAAAUAAUGACAGAACUUAGUGUAAAAGACGAAUUCAUACUCAAAUUAGAGGAGCAACAUCAAAUACUUAAAACUGAGUUAUGUAAAUGUCAUGAGAAUUAUAAUGUACUGCAAUCGCAAAACAAGAAUCUUCAUAAUAUAAGAAACAAAUUAUUAAAAGAAUGCCAAAAGUAUAAAAAAGAAUUAGAAAUAAAAAAUACAGAGUUGGUGGACUUACAAAAGCUACAUAACGUGUUUGAUGAAAAUAUACUACUGAAUAAAAAAUUAAAAAUUGCUGAAAAUAAACUUUCAGAAAUGAAUCAGACUAUCUUAUCUUUAACAGAGCAAAACGAUAAAAUUGAUGUGAUAUAUUUAUUACAAGAAGAUCUUCUAAAAUUGGAUAAAAGUGAAAAGAAAUUAAAAACUGAGCUAAGUAAUUUAAAAACUCAACUCGUGAAUGAUCAAAACAAAAUUAAAAACCUAGAUAAUAACUUAAAUGCGUUUGAACAUGAAAACGAAAAUUUGAAACAGAAUGUUGAAUACUGGAAAAAUGAAAAUUCGGAACUAUCGCAUAAACUAUAUACUGAAGCAAUAGAAGAAAAAUUAAGAAACAAAUUGUAUACACUGUCCAAUAAAGUGCAUGAAAGAAUAUCAAAUUUUAACAAGCAACUUGUAUCAAAAGAUUAUUUCGAUGAAAGUUUGAAAGAUAAAUACUUGAUAUAUCAAAAAAUAAAUGAAGACUUGAAGCCAAGUGAAAAUUGGAAAAAGGAAACAAAAGAAAAUGAGAUAGAAGAAAUUCAGAAUCAGCAACUAUUAAGAAGUAUAAAUACAAAGAAUAAAAUCUUAGAAAAUGAUUAUACGAUAUUUCAACAAUUAAAUUCUGUAGAUGAAGAUAUAUUGAAUGUACGGUAUACAAUAAAUCCUCUAGAAAUUCGAGAUAAUGAAAAUCAGAAUAGCAGUCAAAAGCUUCGAAAUCAAAUUGAAAGUAAAAAUUCUGAAAUGAAAAAUCUUCAAGAUAUUAUAAGUCGGUUAACAGAAGAAAAUACAGAUCUUAAAUUACAGAUAGAUCAAUUUCAAGAUAAGAUAAUAUCCAUGAAGAAUGUUUAUGACAGCAGUUGGAAUGCCCUUUAUAAAAGUCACAAACAAAAAGUUGAUACUUUACAAAAACAAUUUGAAGAUGAAAAAACUGUUAUGAAUGACGGAAGAACAUUUGAUUUAGAAAACUGGUUACAAUCAUUGGAUAUGAAAAAACUGGCAGAACUUUAUGAAAGAAUAACUAUAAUUAUGGACAAUAAUUCAGAUUUUAUUACUACGAAAAAUGAACAUCAACACUUUUACGAGACAGAUAUACAAAAAGAAUUUUAUGGAGACUUUAACAAAACGCAAAAAGUUAUGCAUACAAAUAUAUAUGAAAAAGAAAUUUCAAAUAAAUUGGAUUUAACACGUUUAAGAGAACAAAGUAAUUCACACUUACAAAGUCAAUGGCAAUUUAUUAUUUCAAGUCAAACUCAAAAAUAUUCUAUACAAACAGAAAACUACAAAUUAAAUUUAGAAGAAGAUUGUGGUUGUGUCAAUGAUAGAAAGUUACCACAAUUUGAAAAUGAGUGUGAGAAGGAAAAACAUGCCAUAAAAGAUAAUACUUUUGAUCAGCAAAGAUGGUGUUUCAUUAAUCAGUGCAGUGCAUACCAUAAAAUGAGCAAUAAUUAUAACUGUUCAAAAUCUAUUUACACAGAUUGAGUCUAUUAAACAAACCAUUGGUUACAAGAUUUGUUCAUUCUUUUAAAAAGUUUUUCCUUUAGGUGGAUAAAUUUUAUAAUUUACUUUUAGAUACUUUUUUUUUA